AUGGUGAGCCAAACAGCGGCUACACCAAGCACAAGUUCGACACCACCAAGUCGUCCACAUUCAAGAAGGAAACUCGUACUUUCUCGAUCCAAUAUGGAUCCGGAUCGUGCAAUGGAUACCUUGGCACUGAUACCAUCACUAUGGGAGAAUUUCGAAAAUGCGACUCGGAGUAAGCCUCAAACAUGCCAUAUAACAAUUCAUGAAAGCGAUGAAAAAUUGCUGAUUUUUAGGGCUUACCGUCAAGACCCAGGAUUAACCCUCAGCAGUGGAGGAAACGCU